UCUCCUGUGAAGAAAUGCCGCCAUUUUGUGGUGAGAGAAAGAGCCCUAGGUUUUGGAAGCGCGGAUCGAUGGAGGGGAGGAUUCCCUCCUGGCGACUGCGCGGCCAUUCUCUGGAUCCUUGCGGGACGAUCCGCGCCAGCAGCGCCUGGGUGCUCGAUUCACGGCAAGAAAACGAGCUCGGGGAUUUCAGCGUUCCAGGUUUGGCUCGCCAAGCUCAAGAUCGUCGAGCGAAGGAGGAUUUCGACCGCGAGCUCGCCGAUGCCAGCCCUCCAGCUGUGAUUUCUCGAGCUCGCGGCGAGGAUGAGCUUGAUCGAAAUAUCGAUGUUCUUGAGAGGGGUACCAGCGGCAUGCGUGCCACGAUCUCGGCGGCGCCGCAGGCAUCGCUGUUCCAAACUGGAACAGGGAAAUCGGUCCAGGUAUCUGGCGCCGCGAUGAAGAGAGCAUUGGCCCUACUCAGCAACGAAGAUGCUGCCACUCCGAGCAAGAAGAGAUCGAAUGUGGAAGAACCAGCAUUGGGAUUUUCAUCGCCAGGGGGAGGAGCAAACGCUUUGUUCCAGACAGCUAAUGGAAAGAGUGUUCCAAUCUCUUCCACGGCGCUCAACAAGGCAAGGUCGCUACUUGGUGGCGCAGAGAGCAAUCGAGACGAUGCAUCAAAGCUCAAAGGAUUUUCCACUCCAGGCUUUCGUGGAGGUCUCUCAAGGUUGCCUGCUUCAGUGCCACCAUUCAAGCAGCCGCGACGUCGAUUUACUUCUCCAAUGGCUUUGGCAUCCGUCAAGCGUUUCCAGCUGCCGAAAGAUGGAAGCUCCACGGACACGCGCACGCUUUUGCCUUUGAGUGAGAUUGAUGGAAACAAGCCCCGUGCUCCUGCGAAUCGGAUGGCCAUUGAGCUGAAUGCAAUUGGUCGUGAGAAAGGAUUCCGGUUGCCACCUCGAGUGAAGUUGCGGGAAUAUUUUCAGCACCCGCCUCAUCAAGUUGACAAGCACUUGGUGUUUGUACCAAAGGAGAUCCUAUGCAUGACAUCGGAUACUGCCAGGGAUUACAAGAUGAAACUGCUGUGCGGGAAGGCUGGUGCCUCUGAGCUUCGAAACAUGCUUUUGGAAGGCGGUGCGAAACCGCAUUUGGCAACCAACGAAUGGGUGGAAAAUCACUAUAGAUGGAUCGUUUGGAAACUCGCAUCGCAACAACGUUCAUAUCCUCGAAAAGCCCGAGGAUUUCUUUGCUUACGUAACGUCCUUCGCGAGUUGAAGUACCGGUAUGUGAAGGAAAUCGAAAAUGGACACCGAUCAGUCUUAAGGAAAAUUUGUGAAAGAGAUGCUUCGGCGGCACACACGAUGAUUCUGUGCAUUUCAGCCGUGCGGAAGACGGGUGAAGAAAGAAAUGAAAGCUGUCUAGUGGAAGUUACUGACGGAUGGUAUUGCCUGAAUGCUGCAUUGGACGCACCUCUAUCGAAACAGCUGAAAGCAGGAAAGGUUUUCGUUGGACAAAAAUUGCAGAUAUCUGGCGCUUCGCUAACCGGCGCAAUUGGUGGUCUUCCCCCUCUCGAGGCUUUUAGCGUCGCCUAUUUGGCUGUGCACAUCAAUGGUACUUACAGAGCACACUGGGCAGAUCCGUUGGGAGCUCGCAGGCAGCGUCCUCUACCAUUGGCGUUUAGAUGUAUCAAAGCUGACGGCGGAAUUGUUUCUUCAACUUGCAUAGCUAUUACGCGGAUAUAUCCGCUUCUUUAUAAAGAAAAGCUGAAAGACGGGAUGUUUGUAGUCAGAACUACAAGAGCAGAGAACGCCGCGCAGAUGAACUUCGAGCAAAGAAGAGCAAAUAUUGCAGAAGACGUGAUGGCUAAUUUCCAAAGUGACGCUGAGGCUUUCAACGAAGAUGAAAGGUUUCAUGAAGGAGCAAAGUUGUACCAGCUUCUGGAGGGUGCUUCUGAUCCUGAAGUGGUGAUGGCGGACAUGACAAGCGAGGAUCACGCGGCUCUUUCGGCUUAUCAAGCGAGGAAACUGUGUUCGAGCCAGGCUGCUGUGGAGAAACAUGUGCAGAAAGCUCUUGAACAUGCUAACCUUCAUUCCAGGGAUGUUACUCCAUUUCUGAAAAUUGGCGUCACUGGACUCCAAUCUAACUUUAUUGACGUCGCGAACUCAAAUGGUUCCAUCAUGAUUUGGAACCCAAGCGAUACUCUGACCAGGGAAUUGGUAGAAGGAGCUGCUUACGUGGUUUCGAAUUUGAAGCCGGCACCGCAAUCCCGAGCGGGGAAUCGUCUCCUAAGCGCCAACAAGUCGUCAAGGUGGCGAAAAAUAUCCUCCAAAGGGUUUACAUUCGAGUUCACUCCUCGUCAAGGAUUACAGCUCUCGAGUCUAGUGGAAGUUCGAGCCUACAGUGAAUUCGACGCUGCUGCUCUAGUCAUAUUUGUGGGUGAAGUUUACAAGAGCGGCGAUCGCUUGAGGCAAUGGGUGUUUGUAUCGGACGGCUCAAUGCAAGAGGGCGAAGCAGCAUUACUGGCCAUCGACUUCUCGGCCUCAGCGGACUCGUUCUUACAGUUCGAGUCCGCCUACUCCAACACAGUGGUUGGAUUUUGCAACCUCGUGAAGCAACACCCGGACGAGAGGAACCAAAUGUGGGUUGCGGAGGCCACAAAUCUCACGAUUUACUCGUCCAAGCUCAGCUCGAGCGGGUAUCACCACUUGUCCAAGCCUGCUGGAUUGGUUUCGCGCUGGGCAAACACCUCGCCUCAGGCGAUCGAGUGUUUGCGGCACCGAGUCUUGCAAAUCCUUUCGGAUGGAACGUAGAAACAAGAUAUUCGUUUUCUUUCUCCUUUACAGCGAAACUAUAUCCUUUUGUGAGAGUUUUUCUUGUAUAGAUAUGUAUAGUUUA